UACAGAGAGGAACACUUAAUUCUUGAGUGAUUAUGCAAAAUAUUAAGUAUGGUAUAUAAUACAUUAGAUAUAUAGUUAAUUGUUUAAUUGGUUUGGUUGGUUAGGAGUAGGACGGGUCCAGGUGAAGGGUAGUGGUGUCCCAGGACACCCCUAAUGGGAGAAAAAUUAAUUAACUCUCGAUAGUAGUUUGUGUACGAGAAAAAGGUGGGGGAGGGGGGGGGGGAAUGGUAGUAUAUUUGAUUCUAAUCUAUAACAUAGUUGUUAUUAGUGAGCAUUUUUUCCUAUAUGACUAUACUUCAUUUAUUAUUAUUGUAAUUUUGCCAUAAAUGUAUAACCCACGAACUACUCCUUAUACUCAUCGUAUUCUAACACAAGAUUUUCUACUGAAUAGUUUGGUCAUCUUUCUGAUUCUUUUCGACUAUGGGAAAUUCAUAAUUAUUAUCGUUGUGUUAAAAAUGAAGAGCCAUUUUGUGGAUUAAAAGGAACUGAUGAAUUAGCCGAGUUGAUGGUGGAGAUGAAAUUGAGUCUAUCAUAUUUAUGGGUCUAUUUGCUCGUCAAAGUUGUAUUACUUUACCGGUUGCAACUCCAAGUGGUAGAGAGUUUUUUCAACUUUGGGUUACAUCAAAAAUAGUUUCGGAAUCAAAUAGGUUAUUAGCUCGUGAGCGAUAGUCUAACCAAAUCAAAUACUCAAAUUAAACAAAUCAAAUCAUCCUAAUACUACUAGUUAAAACGAUUGAUGACUCGAUUUGAACAUCCAACGCAUAUCUUUGAUUUGAUUUGAUCUCAUCUCGGAACACAACAGGCAGUGCAUGCGGUAUUGUGCUGUGACUUGUGUUGCUGCGAAAUUCUGCCAUGCACGUGCCCCAAUUAAUGUCCAAGCCAGGAGGAAGGCAGGCAGGGCAAAAACAUCCCAAAGAAACGACAAUGGAGCCAGCCAGCCAGCCAGCCAACAGGAAAAGGGAAUAAUUGUCUUAAUUGCGUAAUAAGAGCCCAACCCAAGCUAAAUUACACGUUUAGUCACUCGAAUUAUACAAAUCUUUCACGUUUGCCACCCGAAUUACUUUUCUUUCUUAUUCGCCACUAACUUUACGAAUCGUUUCACCGUUAGUCACCGGCCGUUACACUCCGUUAAAUUUGUCCUACGUGGCAGUCAACUUUAAAGUUUGACCGUUAAAUAGAUGACGUGGAAAUUAAAAAUAAUUAAAAAUAAUAAGUUAUUUUUCCAUCUCAUCAUUCCACUUACUUUAUCAAUAUAAUUUAUCAUAUUACUUAUUUCAUACAAAUUAUUAAAUUACAAAAAAUUAAUUAUCAGGAGGAACAAAUUGCAAAUGCAACAGAGGUUCCUAUUGUCUAGGAAGAUGCUUGAGAUCUCUCCUGAAGCAUCGGUGGCGGGAAGAAAGCUGGUUGAGGAAAGGAUGUCGGCUUUGGAUUCCGACGUAGAAUCCUCCCACCACGCUUCCUCUUUAACCAAAAACCUGGUCCAUUCCGUCCCGAUCUGCAGCGUCGAUUCCUCUUUCGUCGCCUGCCUAUGAUGAAAGCCUAGGUUGGGGUUCUUGCUAUGGGGGUUUUGGGAUAUUUGUGAUAUGUUUGGAGAUGGCGUUCCGGGUCAGUAUUAUGGAUCCCGAUUCACUAUGUCUUUUUGUUUGUUGCAGAGGAUCGCUUCAGCAUUGAAAGCGGAGGAGUCAUACCUUACGAAGAUCUACCGAUCCAAUGAAGCCCCUGCUGCGAUUGACGGUGAGAGACGGCGGAGAUUUGAUCCAUUCUAUCUCCCGGUCGCCCAUUCCUCUUCUGUUUUCCGUCAACGCCGUUAAAAGCCCAAAGUUUAACAAGUUCAAAUCCCUGCUGCAAAGAGAAGGAAAUGGGUUGGGGAAUUUCGAUUUACACGUCGACGGGAAAAGGCGGAGGGAGUUCUUGGCAGCCGUGAUGGAGCUUUUGGCGAUGGCCACAUGGCGGAGGGAGUUCUUGGCAGCCAUUAUGUUUAUCGUACUAUCCGAUUCCCCCUUGGGAAGAGGAUGAGCUGGAGGCGAGCCGAUGAUUCAGCGUGCCUCGGUCGUACUCCAUCAGGUUCUCGACGUCCUCCUUCGUAGACACGGAGAUCAGCGUGUGGGAGGAGAAGUUUGUCGAUCGGUGGACGGCGACCAUCCCGGUCCCUCUGCCGACGUAGUGGAGGAGAUGCCCGCCGAUAAUUUAUUUUUGUAAUUUAAUUAAUUUUGUUUAAUAAAUAGUAUGAUAAAUC